AUGUACGCCACUAAAGCAAUCGCUGUUCUUUCCGACCCGCGACCCAGAUAUCUAGAGGUAGAUGGCACGUCUCUUUUUCUCUGCGGCAAGGAUGGACGGCGGAAGCAAUUCUCUAUGAGCACAAUCGUGGAAGCAUAUGAAAGCAAGGCAUUUGUGGACAAUCUUGCUCGGACCACCGUGGGAACACUGUCCAGUGGGGAGUCGUCCACAAUCCUGGUAAUGGGGACCCAGGGGACGGGCAAGACCAGGCUUUCUUCUUAUCAGGCCGGUAUACUUGAGGCCUUGCUCACAGAGGUAACUGGGUUAGUUGACUCAUCCCACUCGGUCACCUUUUCAGCGUUUGAGCUUUUUGAUGAUGUCAUUAUCGAUCACUUUGCACCAGAAGAUGAUUUUGAGUCGACAAUAGACAACAUGAAGAUUACAAAGGUCCAGCUGGCCGACAAGGCCCAAAGCUUAACGCUUUUGGAAUAUGUCCGCAAUCUUAGCAAGAACUAUACUGAGAGAGAAACAACUGGUGUAGCGGAGCCAGCCCCUAGCAGCUCUACCAUGUGCUUCAAAAUACAGCUUUACAAUCAAGCCAAUGGGGCAAUUUCUACUGUCACCCUUAUUGACUCUACACCUGGGCCAGUUCUUCAUGCGCUAACAACUGGGCUGCUGGAUAUAGCAUCAAGUGGGCAGACAGUUGAGUUCUUCAUCAGCGCGAACCCUAUUCCUACAGCCCCAAUAACUCAGCUUGUACUCCCCAUUCUGGCUCGCGCUAGGCCCGUCCUCAUUGGAAUGUUUAAUGGCUCCAGCGAGUCUGGUCAAUACGCUGAAACACUCUUAGCAAUGUUGCAUAUUUGCAAGACUUCUCUUGAGACAACCAAGGUAGCUAGGAAUCGCAUGCAUCCGCCAGUCAACCCCCCUAUAGAAGUAACAGAUCUCAUAGACUCUGAACUGCAAAAGGCGCUGGAUGCUACUAUCCGCUCUCGCCCCUCGAUCUCUUCUCCCCUUUUACCUGUCGCUCAAGACUUAGGGACUAAAGAUGAUGAUAUGAAACCAGACAUGGGCAUGCUCUAUGAAGAUAAGCACUCAAACAAGUACACAAAGACGUCUGAGCCCCAUUAUGACGGGUCAUAUCCUUCAUUUAACAGCACCAUGCAUGAGCAAAAGACACCUCCCCAAGUGCCCCAGCCCAGACCAGCAGGUUUUGUAUCCCCAGCAUCCACUUCCUUGAGACCAGAGGUGGAGCUGUUUGACCAACCGCCGAGUAUCACGCACGUUGUAGACCCCGCUAUGUAUGGCGUCCAAGAGGUGAAUGAGCUCACAGGCCAGGCGUAUGUUCAUGAUGCACAUAGUCCUGUUUACACAAUGAGCACCGAUGCGUUCCCUGCUGCUCUGGCUUCCAGCGGUGUCGACAAUACUGCGCAUAUAAUAUCGGUAAAGCACAACAUAGUGUCCCUAGAUCCUGUUGUUGAAACAAAUAUAAGCCCCAGCGUAUUCAAUUCUUUACAUGCAGAGUCUGCUCUUGCAACCUCUAACACAGGCCUUUCGGAAGAUCAAGUUUCGUUACAGACUGUUGGUAAUGUCGUUAUCUCCCCAAAAACUCAGCUUUCUGAUGCUAGCCGUCAGCAAGAAACAGCAGCUAUGCUAGCAAAUAGGUUUCUCGAGACCCUCAGGGCCAAUGCAAGGUUAGACGCCCCAAAAGCAAAGAUGACGGAUAAGACGUCGGAGCAGGACGAUGUGGUAAGCACCAUUGACUCUCUUGCGCUUGAUCUACCUCAGCCAUCCUCCCAGUCGGACCUUCAGGCUCUAAAAGACAAGCUAACAACAGCGACACAAGCACUAGAGCGCGCCACUCUCUACAAAGACGAGCUUCUAGCGCGCAUUACAGACCUAGAGUGUCAAGGACAGGAGGCCCUUCUGGUGUCUGAAUUACACAUGAUGGCCGCACAGAAGCGUGCUACUGACAUAAGGAAGAUAAUCUCGGCUUCGCUUGGGACAACAACCACAGCACCGGGAUCUCUAGCCAAGAGUGCAAUCCCCGUGGCUGACAUAAAGAGGCUUUUGAACUCUCACGAGGAGGAUAUCAGCCAGUUAGAAAAGAAACUUUACGCCGAAAUAAAGGGGCAAGCCGAAGAAGCCAUAGCGUCGGCGUUGAAUUACAACAAGCAAGCGGCGUCCCGCUCUUUGGAAGACGCACAGGUGAAGUCUCUCGUGAAUGAACUCCGUAAAGCAGUGGACGCAAGGCUCAAGAACGAAAUAAAGCUUCGCCAGCUUCAGCGCCAGGAAAGAGAACUAUCGGCCAAGAUGCUAUUAUUCAAAGAGAUCGAAAAGAAGCACACGGUACUCAAACAGGAGCGUUCAGGAAAGGUCAGCGAGGUGAGACAGAUAAAGGAGUCGCACAAAAAGCUGCAGCAUCAGAAUCUUACAUCCCAAGCAGAGCUGGACAGUUUAAAAAAGCAGCUGGCCUCUGCUACCGCUACUUUGCAGGAAAUAAAAUUGGACGUUAGCUCUCUUCGGGUUGCAUUCCAGAACCUGGAGCGUGCGGUUGCAGAUCAUGGCUCCGAAACAGUUGUAUUUCCCGCAUAUCAAACAAAUGUAACUAGUGUUCCCCUUGAGCAAGCAACAGCAGAUUUUAUGCGUAGAAGCGCAGAAUCAGGCAGUGCAUUCGCCAUUCAUGCCAUCCACGAAAUGCAAAAGCCUACUGAACAACCGGGGACACGAGAGGAGUCGCUUGCUCUAUUAGACCACGUGCUGGGUUUAGUAGAAGAUGUCCUGGAAGCAAUCCGUAAGAAGGGGACUGUAGCCGGCUUGACGACGGACGAGAGAAGAGUCAAAGACUGCAUGGACGACAUUCAGGCGUGCCUCACUAAGGCAAUUCGUGCGCGUACUACUGGACCAAGUGCUGACAACUAUAUUACAGACUAUAACAAGUACACUGUGACCCUACCUCAAACUGCGGCCGAGCUUCCUCCCGCUCCUGCUGCACAGGAGGUCCCAGUGAGCAGCAUUGUGGACACUGCUUCACGAAUGAUUAGCGGUGCAAUUAAAGCAACUAAUACUGAAGACAAGGACGAUACUAUGCAGGGAUAUCAAACAGGAUACACAAUGGCUGGCCUAGAGCGGCUUCGGGUGAUGGCACCUGAUGUAGCGCGAGUAGCAGAGCUGGGAAUAGUUUCUGCGCAGGAGGCUGUCAAAGCAGCUGCGCUUGAUCACGAACCCAAAAUUGCGACCCCGAUCCAUUCGAAUCAGCCCAUCGGGGCACAAAUAAGAACAUCGUUGACAGACACAUUACAAGCAGUACAAUCUGUAGAGAAGGGGAUUGAAGAGCGUCUGAAGCGUCUGAUGAGCGGCUACAAAGAGAACUUUAGUUAG